CCGGGGGAUGUGAACAGCUGACAGCUGGCUGGGUGAAGCUGGAAUAGCUCCACAGCUGCCAAAGCACCGCCAGGACCACAAAAGCACACCCAGCCUCGACCGGGCCCACCUUCUCCAGGCCACGGGGUCGGGGAGCCUGCCGCUGCCCUCAAGUCACCUGGGCUCGCAGUCAGCUCGCUGCCAGCAUGGCUGAGGCCCCUGCCAGCCCAGGAGACGCAGACCUUGAGCAGAGGAUUUUGGAGGUGCUGAGGGACUCUGGCUCCCCUGUGAAGACUGCCCAGCUGGUAAUGAAAUGCCAAGUGCCCAGGAAGAAACUCAACCAGGUCCUCUACAAGAUGCAGAAGGAGUCAAAGGCAGUCCUGCUCGUAGGCCCCGCGACGUGGUGCUUGACCAAUGGUGGGACCGAAGAAGUGGUUCCUGCAGAGCUGGCAGAGAGGCCCCAGAAAGAUGCAGUUGCAAUUCCCCGGAAGCCCGGUUCUGAGCUCAGUCAGCAGCAGGAAGAGAUCUUCCGGUUUCUGGAAGCCCAUGGGCCCCAAAGAGCCCUGAUCAUUGCCCAGGCCCUGGGAAUGAAGACAGCAAAGGAAGUCAACCCAGACUUGUACGCGAUGAGGAACAAGCACCUCCUGGACUUAGACCAGAAAUCAAACACUUGGGCUAUUUAUCGACCAGAAAGUUCUACAAACCAGUCCACCCCAGUUAUUUACCAGCAAAAUCCAAUCAACAUGAUCAGUCAGAAUGGACCAAACAGCCACAUUUCCAUUGAGAACUCCGAAGCCAUCCAGAUUGGACACAGGAAUGUCAUAGUGAGACAAAUGGCCUCUGGGGAAAAUGGCUCCUUGGCUCCCCUCUACCUCCCUCCAGUGGCACCCACUGAUCCCUCAACUCGUGGUCCCCUGGCUGGAUCCUGGGGGCCCCAGGACAUCCGGAUGGAGAAGUCUGUGCUCAGACAUGUACAGAUGGGACACGGCAACGAGAUGAGUCUUCACGGCAACCCAGCCAAGGGCCCUGCCUACAGCACCUGUGGCAGCCCCCCAGGCCCGGAAGCUUCCAUCAAAAUUCAAAUCCCCGAACCAGGACCUCACUCCGAAGGGGGCGUGGCCCAGAGAGUCCACAUCCGCUCGUGCUUCCUGGAGGACACCACCGUAGGCAACAACAACAAGAUGACUGUCAACCCAGGGGCGGCUGAUCCCAGAGGAGUCGCAAGGGCUGGCGAGCCAGGAGGGAGCACAGACCCUCCCUCCAGAGCUGCGCGAUCCAGAAGCGAGGUCCCUCCCGGCAGCAGUCAGGCUGCCCCUGUCAACGCUGAGACACUCAUCUCAGGAGAGCUAGCGGCUAUGACGCUCAAAACGCAGGGGUCCCAGAAGUACGGAAGACACCUGCUGAGCGACAGAAUCGCAGAGCCAGUGUCCCCGGAGGGUGGAACUCAGUGCAAGCAGCCUGUAGGCGGACUCCCGCAGGAAGAGCCUGGGAGCCAGUGAGCUCUCUGCUGACGUCAGUGUCGUUUUUGACCUUCUCACCUCCUGACACGUGGCCAGCCUGCCUCCGCAUUUGGGCUGGGCCCGGCGUGGGGCAAGGGCAGGGCUGCUGGUGGCAGGAGCAGCCUGCCAGGGGGUCACCUUCCCGGGCCCGCCAUCCAUCAGGGCCACCCAUUCUCUGCCCUUCACUCAGGACCUGACUUCCUCAAGGCCCGUCUUGGCCACCUGACCACUUUACCACCUGACCUUUCUAGAACCUUCCUACCUCGGCCUUGAGGGCUAGGGAUGGGUCAUUCUCUAAAGUUGCCAGAAAAGGGAUACCACCAGACAGGUAAGAACCUCAGAAGUCGGCUGUAUCUCCCCAAGCACUGGCCAGCGAAUUCACUAGGCACAGAGGCCCUGUCUUUUCACUCUUGAACCUCCAGUGUACGCUGGAACGGCCCCUCCACUGACCACCUCCUGAGUACCAUGCCCUCGGGCUACAGAGAGAGGAAGACCAAGCCCUGCCCUUGGGGAGCAGUUCACAGCCGGUGGGAGAGGCAGCCUGGGACAUGGGCAGUGAGUCCUGAGCAGGAACCAUCACGGGGAAUUAAAGGAGUGCAGAACACCAAUGCAGACACUGUCCGGAGCGCCCAGGAGGCUCCCCAGGGAAGGAGAAAGCUCUAGGGCUCAUUCUUCAACAUCUGGCAGAGGGAGGAGGUUGGACGGGGAAUGGUGUUCUAGGCAGGGGCUCGGCCUGGCCAAAGGCAUGAUGGUCAGAACAAGAGGACUUAUAGCAGCACAGCAGUUUGGGUGUUGCUAGAAAGCCCAAUGCAAAGAAAAUGCAAGUGGGAGUUUGGCUGGAGAGGAGUUUGGACUUGAUGCUGAGCUCUGGACAAGCAUGGCUCCACCUGCGCAAAUAUUCCAGGAGGAACUGGGCGAGUCCAUGCAACAAGGGAGUUGGGUUCAUUACAGGGAAGGAAGGCUUUUGUCCAAUGGGCCGGAAUGGCCCAGCCUACAGGGGGCAAAGUCAUCUCGGCCACCACCAUGACCUGGGGCCCCCAAAUCCCUCCUGCCUGGGAUAUCCAGCGCGCAGACAUGCCACACAGUGUAAGGGGCUUGAAAUCAGGUUUGACUCGUUGCUUCGGGCAUUGUCUGCCCUCUGGGGUGAGCUGAAAACUAACUGCUUGCCUCAAAGUUUGCCCGAGGUCUGUGGCGAACCAGGCCCGUAUCAGUGGGCCAUCAAAACGCAUCUCAGAACUCAGCCUCAGCUCCCACCUGCAGCCCAAGCCAGAACACUCAAUUUUCCUGCGAGAUUUCCCCUCUCUGUGUAAUUAAUUUGUCAUAAACUCGCUGACAAAGCAUUGCUCGCUGUUAAUAGGGGCCGGAGGUGAAGGUCAAAGCUGGUCUCUUCAGGAAGGAGAUUAACUAGCUACCAUUUAAAGCAAAGAAUGAUUAAGUCCAUCCACCCCCCAAUACUUUGCUCUCACUAGCUCAUCCACCGUCCCCCCUUUCUGCAAUGAUACCUGUGCACACAGAACUUGCCAUCCACGGAGUUGGAUGGGAUCAGGGUGGGGAUGGGGGAGGAGGAAUUUGCUACAAGAGUUGGAAGUGAUUUUCCAAAAGCACCAUGACCUGUUCACAAAUGCAAUUCUAUUUUCUUUUUCUUUGUGAAAAAAUUUUUAUUGGAGUAGAGUUGAUUUACAAUGUUGUGUUAGUUUCAGGUAUACAGCAAAAUGAAU